ACCCCACCACGCUACACGCCGCGCGAGCGCGACACUCCCAGCCCACUCCGCCGCGCGCCAGAGCUCGCUCACUCUCCCGCUCGCCUCCUCCGCGUGAGCGCGCGACGCCUCGUGUCCUCCUGCAAUGGCAAUGCGCGCGGUGGCCUUGGCCGCGGUGCUCCUCCUGGCCCUGGCGGCGGCCGGGGGCGCGUCGGCGGCGACGCUGGCGCUGUACAACCGGUGCGGGGAGACGGUGUGGCCGGGGAUCCAGCCGAGCGCGGGGAAGGAGCUCCUUGCCCGCGGCGGGAUGCAGCUUGCGCCCGGCCACGCGACCUCCAUCCGCCUCCCCGCCGGCUGGUCGGGGCGCGUGUGGGGCCGGCAGGAGUGCAAGUUCGACGCGGCAGGCCGGGGCCGCUGCGCCACGGGCGACUGCGGCGGGACGCUCUACUGCAACGGCGCGGGUGGCGCGCCGCCCGCCACGCUGGCGGAGAUCACCCUCGGCUCCGGCUCCGGCGCCCCCGCGGCGCAGGACUUCUACGACGUGAGCCUGGUGGACGGGUACAACAUCCCCAUCGCCAUGACGCCGGUCCACGGGUCGGGGGCGAACUGCGUCCCGGCCGGGUGCGUCAGCGACCUCAACCGCGUGUGCCCGCAGGGUCUCGCCGUCCGCGGCGGCGACGGGAACCGCGUCGUCGGGUGCCGCAGCGCCUGCGCCGCGUACGGCGCGCCGCAGUACUGCUGCACGGGCAACUUCGGGACACCGCAGCAGUGCAAGCCCACGGCGUACUCGAGGCUGUUCAAGUCGGCGUGCCCCAAGGCGUACUCGUACGCCUACGACGACCCGACGUCCAUCCUCACCUGCUCCGCCGGCGCGUCCUACGUCGUCACCUUCUGCCCCCACCGCCGCUGAAGACGAACCCCAGCAGAGGAGACGGAGCCGGUGCGUGCGUGCUCUGCUCCCGUUCCAUCAACAUGAAUCAAUGGCGUUCACGAGGAGACACCUUGUUUAGCUGUAGUGCGUUGCUGUUCUCUAAAAAAAACUUCCUUUCUGCCACCGUUGCAUUGCAUCUUGUAGAAUUGAUCCGUGUGUGAUGAGAUCCGGUGGCCUACCGCUGGUAGGCCGGAGAUGAUGGGGGGUAUAUCAGUAUAUGGGUAUAUGCUACUAGCACUGCAUUUUCACGCCACGGGCGGACGCGCACCAGGGCGUCCCUUCACCGCCACGGCAUGUUGGACUCCGCCUCCUGCCUCUUGUGCGCCGGCGCGGAAGAGGACGUCGACCACCUCUUCGCUUCCUGCCCCCACCUCUGCGCGUUCUGGGCGCUGGUGCUCCCAGGGCGAUCCCCUCCGGGCACGGCGCGGGAUGGAGCGGAAUCCGUCGUCGGGCUCUUCUCCCUCCAUGCGCCGGCGGUGGGGCACACGGCGGCCCUGGGGGUCCUUUGGAUUUUUGCUUGCUUAUUUGCUUGUUGUAUUUUGGGUUCGCCCACUCCCGUUUCGUUGCAGUUGGAAGUUCAGGUGGGACGCUGGCCCCCCGUUGUUCUCUAAGAAAGAAGCACUGCAUUUUCA